AUGCUCAGACCACCCUUCAGCAAUAUCACAAAAAGGUUAGAGAAUUUAUUGAACAUUUGUAAAGAUAUGUGCAGGAAGGGAUAUAAUUGUUAUUAUGUAAAAGAAAAAGAUUAUGAUAUAGAUGAACAAAGAGAUGUAAGAUGUCAUAUAAAGAAUAAAAUAAAUUUAAAAAAUAAUGAAGACAUAGAAAAGGAAGAAAAAGAUGAAACACUUGAUCAAAUGGAAAAAUUACUACUUGAUUUAACACAAAAAAAAUAUAAAGCAGAAAAACAUUAUGUCUAUACAAUUGAUGGGUAUAGAUUAAAUUUAUAUAGAAUUGUAAAAAAUAAUACAGAACAAAUAAUAAAUGAUGAAAUUCUUCAAAAGGAAAGAAUAAAUGAACAAGGAUUAGAAGAAGAUAAGAAAGAAGUUUUUUGUUUUAAUCAUGGGUUGUUUGAAUCGUCUAUUAAUUAUACAUGUAAAGGAUAUAAUUCUCUGACUUUCCAAAUUUUCUCAAAUAAUCAUGAUGUCUGGAUAAGUAAUAACAGAGGGAAUAAUUUCACACAAUAUGUUGGGAAAGAUAUAGCUAUAAAAAAAUUAAGAGAAAAAUAUACAGAUGAAGAUUUAAGAGACUUGGGUCUUAACAUAAAAAAUGAUAAGAUAGAAAAGGAGAUGAGAAAAAAAAAAAAAAAAAUUGAUAAUAAUAUUAAUCAAUGUGAUAAUAAAAAAAUGCAUUGUUUUAAUGUUUUGCAUAGAUUAUUUUUUCAAAAAAUUAACUUAACAUGUUAUAUGAAGAAUAUGUUGAUGAGUAAGUAUUUAUGUAAUUAUGAUAUGAACAGUUGUAAUAAUAAUUCAUAUAAUCAUUAUGAUAAAGAAAAUAUAGACCAACACACAAAGAAAAAAAAAAUAAAAAAUAAUAAUAAUAUUAAUAGUAAUAAUAUUAAUAGUAAUAAUAAUAAUGAUAAUAUCAUUUUAAGGCCCUGGACGAGUAACCAUUUUUUUAACAUAUUUGUUCGUAAUAUAAACGAAAAGAAAAAAGGAAAUAUAUAUUUUAAGUCAACAAGGGAAAGGGAUGAUUCUAAUAUUAAGUGUAGUGAUACUUUUGAUUCUGAUAAAAUUAAAGGAAAAGAAAGUUUUGAAUAUUUUAGAGAUAACAAAAAAUUAAAGAGCAAAGGUUCUAAUUUAAUAGACAAUUGUGAUAAUAAGAUAAAUAAAUAUUAUUCCAACAAUGAUAUAUAUGAUAGAUAUGAUAUAUAUGAUAAAUAUGAUAUAUAUGACAAAUAUGAUAAAUAUGAUAGAUAUGAUAAAUAUUACAAAUAUGAUAAAUAUGAUAAAUAUGAUGACGAUUUGUGUGAUCAUAAAAAUGAAUACACUUUUGAAGAUAUGAGUACAAAAGAUUUACCUUCCAUAAUAAAAUACAUAAAAAAUAAAACUAAAAAAGAUAAAAUAAUAUAUGUUGGAUUUUCACAAGGUAGUAUCCAGUUAAUUAUAAGUUCCUGCCUAAAUGAAUAUGUAAGAAAAAGUAUAAAAAGAUGUUAUUUAAUGUCAUUACCUAUUAUAUUGAGGAAUAAAUAUAAUUUAGAAAUCCCAAUGAAAUUUUUAUUAUAUAUUUCAAAAUAUUACAAUUUUAUUUUUAAAGGGAAAUCAUUUUUUCAACAUAUGAUACCAUAUAAUAUUAGUACAUUUAUUAUAAGUAAUUUGGCACAUAUAAUAGCACAUCAUGUUUUUAAAUAUUAUAAUGAAAAUAUAAAACAAGAUGAGAAAAAAUUAUUCUUUUUUCAUACACCUAAUGGAUCAACAUCAAAAGCAAAUUUAACUAGAUGGGCAAAAUCAUUUAAUACAUGUCCUGUUACAGAUGUUCUUGAGAAAUAUCCACACGAAUUUUCAUUUCCAAUAACAUUAAUAUAUGGAAAUAAAGAUACUAUUAUACAUGUAGAUAAAUCAAUAAAAUAUAUGAACAAAAUUUUCGACAAAAAAUGUUUAAAAAUAAUUACGGUGUCUAAUUGGGCACAUUUAGAUCCUUUAUGGUCUGACAAUGAUGGAGUUGUAAUAUCUUGCAUUUUAAAAGAUAUAAAGCAAGGCUGA